UAAAAAGAAGAUAAAUUUCUCCCCCCCAAAAAAAAAAUAAAUUACUGCGGUAAAAUUAUAAAUAUAAUGUAAUUAUUUAUAUGGGAGAUGACUUGACUAGGAGACGAGUUGACUUGGGGAUGAGUUGAGGCUCAGGCACGACUGACCCGGGGAUGACUUGACCUAGGGAUGAUUUGAUCCAGGGACGACUUGACCCGGGGACGACAUGACUCGAGGAGGACUUGACCAGCAUUUCUUUUUGAGAGUAGACACAAGUUUUAUUUUCAUCAAUGUAUUUGAAUCACAUGGAGUCUUGUUCCUCAUCGGUUCCACUUCCAGAUGCCAGAGUUGGACUAAGAUCUGUAGUUAAGUCACAGAAGAAGUGUAGAGUAAACAAUAUCUUUUAUUAUGGAAAACUUUCUCAAUAAUGAACAUAGGAUAGGAUACAUGUUCAUGUAUACAGUAGCAGGACAGUUGAGUUGGGCUUGAAAUUUUUAGUGAUUUGUGAAAGAUCACUUAAGCAUCAUCAAUAAAUAGCUUUAAAAAUUGGGGACCAAUUCUGUCAGGUAUCAUAAGUUACUUUAAAUCUGUUCGUGUUUGACAGGGUCUUUUGCUAACAUUUGAUUGAAACAACAUGUGGUUUAUGCUCUUCUUAUUUGCAUCUUGGUGCACCAUGCAUCAAUCUGUUGUACAUGUGCUCAGUUGCGCGACAUCAUGCCAAUACAAAAGGGUUGUUCAGCAUCAGUUCGACAUCAAUUUUGACAAAACAACAACUUCCUUUUCUUCCUGAAAUUUCAAGCUUCCCAAAAAACACUGUUUCAUAUAUAUUUUUCAUCAAUUCCUUAAAAUACAUGUUUUUGGGGGGAUUUUCAACAGAAAAAUGCACAUUUUUUGUUACCUUUUAUAGUCUUCACAAACAAAAGUAAGGCUUGACAGUGCUUUUUAGUCAAAUGCCUUGAGUCAUACAUCAAAUGAAAGAGUAUUUUAAGCUCUCCAAGAUGAUGACAUCAUCGUUCUAAACCCAGUUGAAUCUCACGAGAUAUUAUUAGGCUUAGACGAGACUAUGCCCCAUGACAAUGAACAAAGAUGGCCGCACACAGUUGUUGACGGAGUGUGAGUGGCUCCGAUCUUACAUUAUUUUUAUCAUACUUUACACCCAAAACUCAAUGUAAACAGACACAAAUUUCUGUUCUUCGCUUUUUAAAACAUAGAAUUUGAUGCACAAAAAAAGGCAGAAAUCAUUUAUUGAAAACAACACUUUCUCAUGUACAUGCUUUCAGAUAUAAAAUUUAGAGGUGCCGUUUCGCUGGACUCCCUGCUAUAGGGUUUUGGAAUCAGAUUUUUGUGAUGAAAUGAUUCACUGGUGUAAGAAAGCUAUUAAAUCAAAUUUCCUCUGUCAGCAAAACUGAUUCUUCUCUGCAUUAAUUUCAGGUUGAUUUUUUCUUGCGUUUUUGCCAUUGUACCUGUCAAGUUUCUUAGUCACAAGUACAUGUUUUGCUUUUGAUAGUUGGUCAUGCCCAAGACCCAUAAAGAAGCAAGGAAGCUGUUAGGUUUGUACAGCAGCUAGACACAUUUUGGGCCGUAUCAGUUGAUUUGUGUGAUUGCUUAAUGUUUGUGUGAUGUGUCAAUCUUUCUGCUUAAUUAUGUAGCUGAUAAUUCUAGCAGUAGCCAAUCGCCUUUUCUUUCUAAUUUACAGUUCACCUGAUUGCUCUGCGCAAUUGGUUGAUUCUGGAUAACAUUUUCAACUUUACUUCUCCUUUUUUAAACAAUCUUUCACAACACAACACGAAAGUACAUGUAGAAAUAAAAGACAAUUGGUUGUUGGCGGAAUUAUUGAAAAAAUCAUGCAGUAAAAUUGAUCAAUCACAUAAAGGUCAACCUAUCACUCAAAACAUUUUAAAAUCAUUGUAAGGUGGACUUCUAAUAGAUUAAAGGUUUCCACAGCUCAUUAAGCAAUGCAUAGCAAUGAGUUGUAGGAAUGUAUUGCUUCUUUGGACAAAAAAUUGCUUGCAUCACCAGAUCAAAGGUCCUGUCGUCAAGAUGAUCAAGUUUGAUGAGUUGGAGAAGAUGUCUGUCUCAAAGCCGCUACCUCCUCCUCAGAGCUCCAACCCAGUAUCAGUAGAUACGCCAGAUGAUGCAGAACAGGGGGAAGGUUGGGGGAACAAGGUUGACUUCCUCCUAUCCUGCAUUUGGUAUGCUGUAGGUCUCGGUAAUGUCUGGCGUUUCCCCUACUUGUGUUACAACAGUGGCAGAGGUGCUUUCUUAAUACCGUACACCAUCAUGUCACUCACUGUUGGCCUGAUGGUUAUCGCCGAGCUUGGUUUUGGUCAAUUUGCCAGCAGAGGAUGGGUGUCAGCCUGGACCAUUUCUCUGUUAUUCAGAGGUUUCUCAUCAUCCAGUAAGAUGGCAAAGACAAACCUGAAGGCACUGGCCAUGCUGGCAGGUGUAGUAACUUUGGCACAUGCAACUGCAUCUGAGCAGUGCGACAAUCCAGCAGACCCACUUCAGUUUCACUACAGCUGCGUCUCCCAAGACGUCAAUCUGUGUAUACCAGGAAGACGCCUGAAAGUGGCCCAGCCUGAGUGUAAUGGUCAAGUGGACAUGGACGAAAUAUGUGUUCCGUGCGAUCCUGGGACGUACAUGCCUGUGAACAACUUCUGUAAUGAAUGUAUUCGCAAGACUGAGUGUGGGCCCGGCCAAAUUGAAAACCCAGAGGUUAAACCCAAUGCCCUUCGUGACCGAGAAUGUAUCGACCGACCAGCUACAGCAGGUAAGAUCCAUGAUAUGAAAUUACCAAAAAAGGAAUUUGUAGUUCAUAAAACUGAAAACACGUCUUUGAUUCACCCAAUGUUAGUCCGUCCUGUAAUCAUGAAAAAUGAGGACGUGGAAUGUGCAUAAUAUCCCAGCAUUCAUAAGGCACACAGUAUC